UGCUUGUGUGCGGCAAGCGAAUCAUCAAGUACGUGUUUUCAAGCAUUUUCGUGAAAUUCUAGGAUUGUAAAUUAAAAAUGCCACAGUACUAUUGUGAUUAUUGUGACACAUAUCUAACGCACGAUUCACCUAGCGUUAGAAAAACUCAUUGUACAGGAAGAAAACAUAAAGAUAACGUGAAGUUUUACUAUCAAAAGUGGAUGGAGGAGCAAGCACAACAUCUCAUCGACGCUACCACAGCAGCGUUCAAAGCGGGCAAAAUUGCUCAAAACCCGUUCGGAACUAAGGGAGCAGCUAUACCUCCACCUUGGGAUCCUUCUGUGAUGGGUCCUGGUGGUCCCAGGCCGCCUGUUCCUGCGCCGGGUGGCCCACCGGGCAUGUUACCACCGCCUGCUAUGGGCCCAGGAGGACCGAUGGCUCCGCUGAUGAUGAUGGGGCCUCAUGGACCUAUGCCGCCAAUGAUGGGAAUGAGACCAAUGAUGGGACCUAUGAUGGUGCCGAUGGGCCCCAUGGGACCUAUGGGUCAGAUGAGACCACCUCUAAUGAAUGGACCUCCUAUGAACAAAUAGUGAAAGUGUGUGAAAUUGUGUUCUGUACUAUGGUAAAAAAAUACCAUGUCAUGUUUGAAAAAUACCACAUUCAAUGGUAAAAUGGUAAUUAACCAGGUCUACUAUUUAUGUUAUUUUGUUAAAAUAUCUUGAAUACUGGAUUUGACUAAGUUAAAAUAUAUUGUCAUUAUAGUUUUAAUGGUAAUUUAUUUUAUUAUACUUUAAGAUCACUCCUGUCAGAUUAUUAAAAAAUAGCUGUACCCGC